UAAUGGAGUUUGUAACAGCACUCGUUUUCAUUUUUAUAGCUUGUGGUUGUGGAAUUGCAUGGGCCAUAUUCAAUUGGAUUGCAGUUCAUAAAAUAGAAAUUCAUCACAAACAUGAAGGAUUGACAGAAAAAUUAUAAGGAGCAGAAUAAGAGAAAAUCGAAACACUAUUGGAAAUUGGAGAACAUAUUUCUGAUGUAAAAAAGUUAAUUUAAUUAUUAGGGUGCCCAAGCCUUUUUGAAAGAAGAAUACACAGAUUGCAGUGUGUUUAUAGCUAUAAUGGCUGUAGCCUUAAUUGUAUAUUUAUUUGUGUAAUAUAUUUAGUUUGUUUCACCAUGGUCAACAUUAGCCUUCGUUUUGGGAGCAGCUACUUCUAUGCUUUGUGGCUAUUUGGGUAUGGCAAUUGCAACAGCAGCAAAUUUCAGAACAGCAUUUUGUGCCAUAAGAUCCUUAUCAGAUGCAUUUUAGGUAUAUAUUGACACAAAAUCAUUUAGAUGGCCUACAGAGGUGGAUGUGUUAUGGGAUUCCUCUUGGUGUCAAUUUCAUUGUCUAUUCUAUCAUUAAUCAUCAUCAUCUAUAAUGCUGUAUUAGUUGAUAAUGGAGAUGUUGAAAAUUUGAUAUCUAUGUUUGAUUAUGUUGCUGCUUAUGGAUUAGGAGGAUCAACAUUUGCAUUAUUUGGUAGAGUUGGUGGAGGUAUCUACACUAAAGCUGCUGAUGUUGGAGCUGAUUUGGUUGGAAAAGUAGAAAAAAAUUUACCAGAAGACAGUCCAAAGGUAUAUUAAUAUAGUAUCUGAUAGAAUCCAGCCACCAUUGCAGAUAAUGUUGGAGAUAAUGUAGGAGAUAUUGCAGGUAUGGGAGCAGACUUAUUUGGUUCAUUUGCAGAAUCUACUUGUGCAGCAUUGGUCGUCUCAUCUACUUAAUUAAGAGCUAUUAAUGAAGAUGGAUUUCUUAAUAUUUCUAUUGGAUAAUUGAUGUAUCCAUUAAUGGUAUCUGCUUUUGGAAUUGGAAUAUGUAUUUUGGUCUCUGGAUAUGCAGUAUUCAUUUAAAAAGUCACUGAUAUUCAUAAGAUAGAAUCAACUCUCAAAUAAUAACUCUUAUUAUCUACUGUUGCCUUAUCACCAAUCAUUAUUGGUAUUGCAUAUUGGGCUUUACCAGCAAAUUAUGUUAUGAUUUAAGCAGAUGGUACAACUUAAUUGGAAAAUCUUAAACCAUGGCACGCAUUUGUUUGUUCUUUGAUGGGAUGUAAUUAAUUAUAAUAUUUUUUAAGUAUGGUCAGGAUUGUUGAUAGGUUAUUUCACAGAGUAUAUGACAUCACAUUCUUAUAGUCCAGUAAGAGAAGUUGCUAAAGCAUGUGGAACAGGAGCAGCUACUAAUAUCAUUUAUGGAUUAGCUUUGGGUUAUUUAUCUACCAUUGUUCCAAUCGUUUCAAUAGCUGUCACAGCCUUUUUAUCAAUGAAAUUAUUAUCUUUCUAUGGAGUCGCCUUAGCUGCUCUAGGAAUGUUAUCAAAUUUAACUAUUGGAUUAGCCAUUGAUGCUUAUGGACCAAUUUCUGAUAAUGCAGGAGGUAUUGCAGAAAUGAGUGAAUUGGGAGAAGAUGUUAGAACAUCUACUGAUGCUUUAGAUGCAGCUGGUAAUACAACUGCUGCAAUUGGAAAAGGAUUUGCUAUUGGAUCUGCAGCAUUAGUUUCAUUAUCACUUUAUGGAGGUUAUUUGACUAGAAUCUAAACAUUUUAAAAGAGUGAUGGUUCAUUCCCUUACUCUGAAGGAGCAAAAAUUGAUGAUCCAAUAAUCUUUGCUAUGUUGAUGAUUGGUGCUAUGUUACCAUAUGCUUUUUCUGCCUUUACAAUGAAAUCAGUAGGAAAGGCUGCUUUAUAAAUGGUUGAGGAAGUGAGAAGAUAAUUACAUGAGCAUCCAGGAAUUUAUGCUGGAACAGAAGAACCAGAUUUUAGAGCAUGUAUUGCAAUUUCAACAAAGGCUUCAUUAAAAGAGAUGAUUCCACCAGGUCUAUUGGUAUUUUAAAUUUUCUAAAAUUAGGUUAUUGUAACUCCUACAGCUGUUGGAUUAUUCUUUGGACCUCAAGCAGUUGCUGGUCUUUUACCUGGAGCUUUAGUAAGUGGAGUUUAGAUGGCUAUUUCAGCAUCAAAUACAGGAGGAGCAUGGGAUAAUGCUAAGAAAUAUAUUGAAGCUGGAUUUUAUAAAAAUGAUGCAGGUGAAGUGAGAAAGAAGGGAUCAGAUGAACAUAAAGCUGCUGUUAUUGGUAAUUAAUUAAAUAUAACAUAUAGGUGAUACUGUUGGUGAUCCCCUUAAAGAUACAUCAGGACCAUCAUUGAACAUUCUUAUUAAACUAAUGGCUAUUUUGUCAUUAGUUCUUGCUGAAACAUUUUGCAAAACAGGAUGGUUAUAUUCUGAAUGAU